GGUAACCUGUCCCGGCGGUGAUAUUUCACUUCCUGCCAAUCCGUAAAGAUCUUUUCUAGCUGUGAUUGUUAGUGAAUUCGCAUCUGUAGAGCUAUCGCGAUGAAGUACUUGCUACUUCUGGUUCUGGGUGUGUUCCUGUGUACAGGAAUUCACCAUGUGCGAGCGGAAACCGACGAUGACGAGACGCUGCCGAUGGUGGACAAAGAUCUGGGGGCGUCGAAACAGGCCUCGAGGACCGACUCGGAGGCAGUGAAACGUGAGGAAGAAGCCAUCAAACUGGACGGAUUAAACGUAGCACAGAUCAAGGAACUGCGGGAAAAGUCGGAAAAGUUCACCUUCCAGGCGGAGGUGAACCGCAUGAUGAAACUCAUCAUCAACUCGCUGUACCGCAACAAGGAGAUCUUCCUGCGUGAGUUGAUCUCCAACGCCUCGGAUGCGCUCGAUAAGAUCCGUCUGCUGUCCCUCACCGAUCCGUCCGUGCUGGAUAGUAAUCGCAACCUGGAGGUCAAGAUCAAGGCAGACAAGGAGGGCAAGGUGUUGCACAUUAUCGAUACCGGUAUCGGUAUGACAAAGCAGGAUCUGGUGAACAACCUGGGUACGAUCGCGAAAUCUGGCACGGCCGAUUUUCUGUCCAAGAUGCAGGAUAAGGAGAAGGCGGACGGACAGGAUGUGAACGACAUGAUUGGCCAGUUCGGUGUCGGAUUCUACUCGGCGUUCCUCGUGGCCGAUCGGGUCGUAGUGACGACGAAGCACAACGACGACAAGCAGUACAUUUGGGAGUCGGACGCGGCCAGCUUCAGCAUCGUCGAGGAUCCGCGCGGUAACACGCUCGAGCGCGGCUCCCAAGUCACGCUGCACCUGAAGGAGGAGGCGCUUGAUUUCCUGGAGGACGAUACGGUCAAGCAGCUGAUCAAGAAGUACUCGCAAUUCAUCAACUUCCCCAUCUACAUGUGGACGAGCAAGGAGGUUGAGGAGGAGGUGGCAGUUGAGGAGGAAACGAGCGAAAAGCCAGAGACGACCAAAGAGGACAGCGCCGAUGAGGAGGAUGAUGCGAAGGUCGAGGAGGAAGAGGCAUCCGAGAGCGACAAACCGAAGACGAAGAAGGUGAAGAAGACGGUGUGGAACUGGGAAAUCAUGAACGACAGCAAACCGAUCUGGACCCGCAAAGUGAGCGAGGUUGAGGAAGACGAGUACAACGAGUUCUACAAGAGCCUUACCAAGGACACCUCGGAGCCGCUGGCGCACACGCACUUCAUCGCGGAAGGCGAGGUCACGUUCAAGUCGCUGCUGUUCAUCCCGAAGGUGCAACCGUCGGAGAGCUUCAACAAGUACGGUACGAAGGCGGACAACAUCAAGCUGUACGUGCGGCGUGUGUUCAUUACGGACGAGUUUAACGACAUGAUGCCAAACUACCUCAACUUUAUCCGCGGUGUCGUCGACUCGGACGAUCUGCCGUUGAACGUUUCGCGUGAGACCCUGCAGCAACACAAGCUGAUCAAGGUGAUCAAGAAGAAGCUCGUCCGCAAGGCGCUCGACAUGAUCAAGAAGAUCGACAAGGAGCAGUACGAGAAGUUCUGGAAGGAGUUCUCCACCAACAUCAAGCUGGGCAUCAUGGAGGAUCCGAGCAACCGGUCCCGGUUGGCGAAGCUGCUGCGCUUCCAGUCGUCCUCGACGAAUAACAAGGAAUACACGAGCCUCUCGGAUUAUGUCACGCGCAUGAAACCGAAGCAGGAAAACAUCUACUUCAUUGCCGGACCGAAUCGCGCCGAGAUCGAGAAGUCGCCCUUCGUUGAGCGGCUGCUUACCCGCGGGUACGAGGUCCUGUUCCUGGUGGAGGCCGUCGAUGAGUACAGCAUUUCCGCGCUGCCAGAGUUCGAUGGCAAGCGCUUCCAGAACGUCGCGAAGGAGGGCUUCACGCUGAACGAGUCGGAGGAGUCGAAGGCACGCUUCGAGGAGCUGAAGACCGAGUAUGAGCCGUUGCUGAAGUGGUUGAAUGACGUGGCGCUGAAGGACAAAAUUGCUAAGGCGCAGCUGUCCGAGCGGCUGUCCAAUUCACCGUGCGCUCUGGUUGCCUCGAUGUUUGGCUGGACCGGUAACAUGGAGCGUUUGGCCCUGGCCAACGCUCAUCAGAAGACGGAUGAUCCGCAGCGGCACUACUAUUUGAACCAGAAGAAAACACUCGAGAUCAACCCGCGCCACCCGCUGAUGCGCGAGUUGCUGCGACGUGUCGAUAGCGACUCGGACGAUCUCGUGGCCAAGGAUAUGGCUGUGCUGAUGUUCAAUACGGCCACUCUGCGGUCUGGCUUCCAGCUGCCCGAAACUGCGGACUUCGCUGACAGCAUCGAGCGUAUGAUGCGGCAAACGCUUGGCGUCUCGCUGGACGAGAAGCCCGAACAGGAAGAGUUCGUGGACGAACCGGUUGCUGAUGAGGCUGGUGGAGCCGAUGAGGAAGAGGAGUCGAUCGAUGCUGACGGAGAUCAUGACGAGCUGUAGAGGGUACCAACGAGAGUACCAAGUCUCUGAGCAAGGACACACACCUGUGCCACUUGCCCUAUAACUUCUAGACGGCCCAUUUCGUCGUGGCCUCCGAGUCUUCGCAUGACUGAUGAAUUUGUGUGUGUAUUGUAUUGUAUGUAAGCAAAAUGGACGUAGGUGCGUUUUGUUAGUAUCGUAUUACCGCAGGACGAUACAAGGACUGAGUUUCUGGAUUCGUCCGCUCGGAUGAGCAGCAGCGCUAACCGACUUGAAGAGGAAAACGGUUCACCAAGGGCAUAGAGCGUAGAGCAGGACAAAUUUUAUUGUCCCGCUUACUUAUCCUUCCGGCAUACAAGAACAUUAAUCGCUGCCGGUCAAACGACACUGCUGCAAUCGAAAACACUCCUUACUAUACAUUAAGAACUAUUAGUAUGCCUUCGGUUUUUUUGUUUGUUAUUUGUGAUUACGUUAAAGUAUGCUAUUUUUUCCUCUCGUCAAAAGCCAUUAGGGAAAUAAUGGCGAGCGAAAGGGUUUUCUUUUUCUCGGUAAUUUCACAUGCGUAUGAACACAUCUAGCUAAAAUAGAUAUAUGGAACAACAGGGGUAACCGAGAGAGAUAUGGGAGUGCGGAGGAAGCAAAGAAACAAAAAUAAAACGAUCAAGAACAAUAACGA